GCUCAGGGGGGGCCUCAGGCAUCCGGGGCGGGGUGGGGGCACGAGGGCUGAGCGGCACUUCCUGCCCCCGGAAAGGGGAAGUGAGAGCAGGGACCGGGGCUGCCAGGGGGCCAAGAGAGUUUGGGGGUGACCCAGGAGCUCGGGAAGGCCCCGUCGCUGGGAGGCUCAGGUGACCCCCUGCUCCCCAGCCCCCCCUGUACCAGGACGCCGUCGCCCGCCGGGCCCUGCGGCCGCCCCUGCUCAGGAGUGUCUCGGUGCCGGCCGAGCCCCCCGCGCCCCCCCCCCAUGGAUGUCACCUACGCCGUGGUCAACAAGGCGCGCCGGGGGGGCGGAGCCACUGGACGAGACCCCGCCCCCUUCGGGCGAGACCCCGCCCCCUCGGGCACGUGCUCCCUCCCGGGGAGCCCCGUGCACCGCCCCUCCCCCACCCCGGCAGGCUCCCCCCGACCCGCUGACGGCGCCUACGAGGUUGUGACCCCCCCCGGGGACCCCGGGAGCGGCCCCUGCCUCGGGUUUAACUUCCGCAUCGGGAAGCCCAAGGGCCCACGGGACCCCCCGGCCGAGUGGUCCCAGGUGUGAAGGGGGGACGGACCCCUGGGCCCCUCCUGCCAGGGAG